AUGGCUAAUAUUUUUUUAUUCUCUUGCUUUGUUUACCUUAUUUUGUUCUUUGCUAAUGACGUUGAAGCUGUGAACGAAGAUAUUGGAAUUUAUGAAUUGAAAAUGGGAGAUUUCUCUGUUAAAUUGACUAAUUAUGGUGCCACGGUGAUCUCAGUCAUUCUUCCAGAUAAAAAUGGAAAAUUAGAUGAUAUUGUUCUUGGAUUUGAUUCAGUUGAUGAUUACAAGAAUGAUACCACCUACUUUGGAGCUAUAGUUGGACGUGUUGCUAAUAGAAUUGGAAGAGCUCAAUUUACUUUGGAUGGAACUGAUUAUAAGUUGGUCCCUAAUGAUGGAAGGAACAUGCUACAUGGUGGCCCAAAAGGUUUUAGUGAAGUUAUAUGGGGUGUAGGCAGCCAUGAUGAUAACCACGUAACGUUCACCUACAACAGCUUCGAUGGAGAGGAAGGUUUUCCUGGUGAUGUUGCUGUGUCUGUGACAUACAUGCUAGUUGAAACAAACAAGCUAGCGGUGAAAAUGCGGGCUAUGCCUCUAAACAAGCGUACCCCAGUGAACUUGGCUCUGCAUGCUUACUGGAAUCUUGGUGGACACAGCAGUGGUGACAUCUUAUCUCAUACAAUCCAACUUUUAGCAUCCGAAAUCACUCCAGUUGAUGAAGAACUCAUUCCGACCGGAGAGAUUGUCGCCGUUAAAGAUUCACCUUAUGAUUUCCACAAACCCCGUGAGAUUGGUAGCAUGUUCACUCAACUGCCUGAUGGAUAUGACAUCAACUAUGUUCUAGAUAACGUUAAUCCUGGACACCUCAUGAAGGUUGCUGUGGUGCAAGAAGGUGUUUCUGGGAGGAAGUUGGAGCUGUGGACUAAUCAGCCUGGAGUGCAGUUUUAUACAAGUGGAUUUGUUUAUGCUCGGUAUGCUGGUAUUUGCUUAGAGACUCAAGGAUUUCCUGAUGCAGUCAAUCACCCUCGUUUCCCUUCCCAGAUUGUUAAUCCUGGGGAUAUUUAUGAGAACAUCAUGAUCUAUAGGUUUACAGCACAGUAGAGAUUUUUAGGUAAUUCUGCUAGGCUCACUAGUUUUGGUCAUGUUCUAGUCCAUCUUUCUUUCGAACAUUCA